CGAAUGAGUUCACUUGAACUUCACCUUUACGUUCCGUCGUCAACUCUGCUAUUUGCAAGCACCUCGCACAAUGAUAUGCUUUCCGUCAUGACAAGAGUCCCACAGUCAUGGCUCUACCCCAACGAGCUCGCGCCGGCACCGUGAGCGGCCCUCACUCCAUCUCCCUCAAAGUCCUCCGCCUCUCACGCCCGACUCUCGCCGUACAAACUCCCCUCCUGUCCACCGCAUUCAACAACGGUCUCGAUAUCCCUGCAAAGGCGUCUCUAGCCUACCCAAGUGCCGAUCAGAAUUCAACGUUCCCACUCACGCCUCUUCUCACCCUUCCCGCUUCGUUCGGCGCCGCGUACGUGGGUGAGAGGUUCACUUGCACGCUUUGUGUGAACAACGAGCUGCUGGCUGAGGAUAAAGCGAAGAGCGUGAGUGGGCUGAAAGUCUCGGCGGAAUUGCAGACUCCUACGUUCAGCGAUGCGGGCGUGGCGUUGGAGUUGAAGUCUGCUCUGACGAAGAAGGAGGAGGAUUUGAGUCCGGGAGAUACACUGCAGUAUACGCUGUCCCACGAGCUGAAAGAAGAGGGCCCACAUGUCCUCGCCGUGACGGUGUCGUACACUGAAACCUCGCACACGGCUGAGGGAGGUGCGAGCGGAGGACGAGCGAGGACGUUCAGGAAACUGUAUCAGUUCGUUGCUCAGCCUCUACUCGCUGUGCGGUCGAAGAUUACGGAACGGCAGAGGAGGGAGAAGGAUGCGUUGCGGCAGUGGAUUUUGGAGGCGCAGUUGGAGAAUGUCGGGGAGGUGUCGGUGGUGUUGGAGAGGGUUUGGUUGAAAGAGGAGGAUGGGAUGAAGGGGCAAGAUGUCAAUGAUAAGGAGGCGGUCGUGUUGAAGCCGAGUGAUGUUGAGCAGGUCAUGUUUCUGGUCGAGGAGGAGGAGAGGUUGAGUGAGCUGUCUGCGAGGGUUCCGCUGGGAGAGUUGAAUGUUGAUUGGAGGAGUGCGAUGGGAGAGAGGGGAGGGUUGACGACUGGCACGUUGUCUAGCAGGCCGAGAUGA